UUCUUUGCUGCUACAGAAAUUUAUUUAAGUGCUAUUUUAUUCAUAAAACGUUACUGAAAUUUGCUGACGUAUAAAAAAGGACUUCGACAAGGAAAAUACUAUUCAGUACUAAGAGCCAAAGAAAUGAAAUUCCUCAUUGUUCUUAUUGCUCUCUUUUGUGUGGCAGCUGGACUAUCUGAUACUUCAACAAGUACAUCCAGCAAUGGUUUCACUACAACUCAAGAACCAAUUUCAUCCUCAACAUCUGUUAAUAAACAAACUACAACUGCGGAUGAAACCACAGCUGUUGUCACAACUAGUUCAUCUUCUACAACCCACUCUCCCUCGACCACAACCGGUUCAUCUUCUACAACCCCCUCUCCCACAACCAGCCCCAUUCCCAAUAAUUGGGAGAGUACCAAUACCUACAAUUACACAAAAAAUGGUACGGUGUGCUUGUUAGCUAAGUUUGCUGCACAUUUUAAGAAAGACAAUAAAAUCUGGAAUGUGACCAAGGAUGCUGAAAUGACCGAUACCACUGGAUGUGGUAAGCUCUCAGUCAAAUUUGAUGGAAAUAAGUUCGAGUUGGUGUUCAACCAAACUUCAAAAGGGGCUUUCUAUCUUCAGAGAGUAAACGCAGCUCUUGUUAAUGGGACACAAGAAAUCAAUGCGUUCAAAACUGGUCUCGCUUUGGCAAAAGCUUCAAAUGGAUCCUCUUACAUGUGCCUAUCUGGAUUCCCUGUCUCACUUAGCGAGAAUGUUACCAUGUACCUGAAAGAAGUGCAAUUCCAAGCAUAUUAUGUCAAAGGUGCCACAUUUGCCACAGCUUAUGAAUGCACUGGUGAUUUCCCAGACAACAUGUUGGUGCCGAUCAUUGUAGGAUGCGCUUUGGGUGGACUCAUCGUUGUGGUUCUACUUGCCUAUUGUGUACUGCGCUCGCGAGCAAAUCGCAAGUAUGACCCAGUAGAUAACACCAUCUAAGAAACUGUAUAACUGGGAAGGACAUCCUUUUCAACUUUAAAUUGCUCUUCAAAGCACAUUUCAGUAAUCAGCUCAUUCAGUACUUGUGAUAGCCAAAAGCAUGUAGUUAUAUCUUCCAGUCACUGUGUUUGAUGACUAUUGAUUGAAAAUAAUUUUGUUUUAUUGCGUGGGUGCUUGUACGAUUUAUCUCCCACCUGGUGACGUAUAAAAUUAGAUAUCGCAAUGUAAUGUGUUGAUUGUUGAAUACGUGUUUGCAUUCUUGUGGUUUCUCUGGCUUUGUCUUUCAUGCUGAUUUUCUUUGUCACCCAUUUAAAAAGCAUAUGUGAAAAAUGUCGGUCACCCUAAUAAUUUUUUUAUGAUUAUGUCUUAUAUCGUGAACAUUUGGUCUAUUUGUGGCAGAAAUUGAACACGCUAGCUUCGAAAUUUUAAACUAUGAUCGGUGGCAUGGUCCACUGUGUUUUCAUGAAUAUCCGAAAAUUAAAUAACCGCAUUGUACAAAUAUCAAAGGUUGCUCUCUCAUCGGAUUGAUCAUUUACGAAAAAAAUAUGUUAGACGCAUUGUCGCACGAGUUGUUUGUAAUAAUGAUACACAGUCACGGGGUAGUACUGCACAUAUUAAGUAAAUAAGUCUUUGCAUGCGCAAAUACCGUUGGAUACCACCAUUAUAUUUUCCCUUGCGCAAUUUGUAAUGUUUCUAUGAAUUCAGUUCAGUUUAUAUAAUAAUAUCCAUUUAUUGUAUGCUGUGCUUUUGAUUUUCACCGUUUUCAAUUGAAUUUGUGUGUAUUAUGCAUAAAAUUUGGAAAUAAAUUUAAAAGGUAUA